AUGUCGCUACGGAUUACGGAAUUUCCGGGAUGGGAAUCAGAAUACCGCAUCACGGGACUGAUCGAUGGUGAAAAAGGAAAGUUCAUACAGGAAUAUACUGGCACCCCGGCAAACAGACUUGAAUGCCACAUCAAAUCUAUUGUACGUCGUGCCUCCGGAAAUGAACGCCACUGUACUGACCUAUUACAGGCGGAAAAGGGGUGGAAUCUACGCCAAUAUCCAUGCUUCGGGAUGUUUUGGUUUCUGCACUUCGACCUAGCCGAGUCCCCAAUAUACGAUGAGAUACUAGCAAGCGUCAAAGACGGCGCUUUCUUACUUGACCUGGGCUGUGGUUUGGGCCAAGGUACUCGACGACUUGUGUAUGACGGCGCUCCUCAGGCAAAUAUCAUUGGCCUUGAUCUUAGCAAGGAAUUUAUUGAUCUCGGUUUUGAACUUUUCAAUGACCAAGCCUCCUUGCGUUCGACUUUUCUUGUGCAGGACUUUUUCGAGGAUUCCGAAAGCUUGGACCGAUGGGCAGGUGGCUUCAACAUCAUCAAUUCUGGCUACUUCAUGCAUCUGUGGGAUUGGAACGGGCAAUUGAAAGUGGCAAAGCGCAUGAUCAGCUUAUUUUCUCUUCGAGGUGGUAAUAUUGUUACAGGUGUGAACUUUGGGAGCGAGGAGACGGGACGUUGGGCAAAGGCUCCGGCAGAUCUCGAUGGUCUAUUUCUCCACGGCUGCAUGACAUUUAGGAGGCUUUGGGAGCAAGUUGGAAGAGAGACACAGACGAGACUAUCUGUCUGGUCGGCAAUGGAGCGGGAUGAAGAUCAUGCAAGGUUGGACCCCAAGGGUCUGCGUCUCCGAUGGUAUGUGAAACUGUGGGGGGAAUGA